UUUCUCACAUGUACUUUGCACCCCCCAUAAUCCCAUGUUUGGUAGUUGUUGUUUGCACGUCCUUCACAAUUUAUAUUAUUCUCCUCCACCAUUUGCUUUACUUUGUAGUGUGUGUGUAGGGCACGUGAGCGUGACUACACACACCGCCCGGCCGAGCACGAGUGGCAGACGCCAGAGUGUAAAUGGAGCGAGCCCACACCCAAUUGGCGAUAGUCUGUGUGACGUUUACGGAAGUAAACAGAGCAGCGUCGACCUACCGGUUUGACAGAAGGAAAGAAAGCAAAGAUGAGGGUUUCCAAUAGUCAUCUGCAGCAGCUCGCCAUCUUCACCACUGUGCUGACUGGUGGAGGGGUUGGCACCAUGUACUAUCUACUUCAGCAGAAGUUCACUGGGUCAGACUGGCACAGACUGUCUAUGCAGAAGUUGGAAGCAUGUCCUGCCGCCAUGGAAAGUCUAGGUGUCCCACCUUUAAAAGUCUACAACAUCCAUCUGACUGACAGACACAACCGUGUAGAUCAGGACACUGCGCAGAUAAAGAUCCAUGUAGCAGGGUCAAAAACUGGCGGUUGUCUUUAUACUUCUUCAGUAAGAGACUCUAAUACCAACAGGUGGAGUCUGGAGCAGGCAGUGCUGAAUCUCCGAGGAGGACAGGCCAUCAACCUGCUGAGUCCUCCUUCAGCAACUACCGCAGCACAAGCCCAGGCAACAGAACAGACACAGGGACUACACACAGAUCACUGGAGCUGAAUGUUGAAGUUGAAGUGGUUCUGCUCCAGAAGGUGCUGAAUAGAAGUCUAACUAUCCACUAUCAGCUCCACUAUCAUUUGUGAAGAGACAGUUCGUUUUGAUGCACAGCUCAGUGAGUGUCAUUGUGCUUCUCCCUGACUUCUCCGGUUGUUGUUGAGUGUCUGUGUUUAGUUUUGAAUAAAUAAUGUGACACAAACAUAUUAUUGCACUUAC